AUGAAGGCCUUCCUUUUGGCGAGUAUUGUGGGUUGCACUCGCGUCGCAGCGGGUGCACUUCGUGUUGACGAUGCCUCCAGUGGCGUGGCGUACCGUGGCAUCGAGCGCGAUGGAAUCCAGCAUUUCUACGGCAUCCCAUAUGGACAGGACACAAGUGGCGAGAACAGGUUCAAGCCACCUCGCCUCUACGUACCAGCUGCAGGAUCGGUCGUUGACGCGACAAAGCCUGGGAUCGCUUGUCCACAGCCGCUUGGGAAAUCGUCCCCACCACUGGGACAAGGCAAUGUGACGAGAGUCUCAGAAGAUUGCUUGAAUCUGAACAUAGUGAGGCCAAGACUCAAUGAUACCAGUGGGCACGGAAAGUUGCCGGUUAUGGUCUGGAUUCAUGGCGGCAGCUUCUGGUGGGGUUCGAACAUGGAACCAACCUUCCAGCCCGAUGGGUUGGUCCAGCAGUCUGUUGAAGGUGGUAACCCAGUGAUUCACGUCGCGAUGAACUACCGCCUGGGAUUUUUCGGUUUCGCGCAAUCGGACUCGCUCAAACAGGAGGGUAGCGAGAAUGCUGGACUUCGGGAUCAGCGCCUUGCCAUCGAAUGGGUUCGAGAUAACAUCGAACUCUUUGGUGGUGAUCCGGAAAACAUCACCAUCUUUGGACAAUCAUCUGGUGGCCUUGCUAUCGGCAUGCACAUCCUCGCGUACGGGGGAGCUAAGCCACUUCCAUUUCAACGGGGUAUCGCGGAGUCACAAUCUCUCGAGCCCGGUAUUACUGGCAACUUCACCAGGGAUGCCAUGUCUGAGCUGGUGGACUACGUCGCAUGUAACACUACUGAUCUCCAGGCGCCAGAGACGAUUGCUUGCUUGCGUGGGAUGGACACCGAGAAAUUGUUGAAUGCAUCUCUUUCCACCUACGCAAGUGACAUCAGUCACAACGUGGGCGAUAUCUGGCUUCCGGUGGUGGAUGGUGACUUCCUUCCUGCACCUCCAAGUCAACUAAUCGACCAAGGUCGAUUCGGCAACGCGACGUUCAUGACAGGCUGGACUCAAGAUGACCUGAACUUCUACACGGACAUCAGCAUUGCCACCGCAAACGACUCGUACAACUUUGUUCGCUCGUACCUUCCGGCAAUACCAGAAACUUCUCUAGAUACCUUGUUGGCUCUGUACCCAGUCACUCAGUUUGCACCACCGUCUGGUACCAACUUGACAGCGGAGUUCUACCGCACAGCACGCAUCUUCCGGGAUAUCUUGAUGGUGUGUCCGUCAAUCCAUCUAGGUGCUGCGCUGCACAGGACAUACGCAGCACCGAUCUUCCACUAUGAUUUCAAUCAGACCAUCCUUGAACCAAUUCUGGAACACAUCACCAAUGUAUCGCACUUCGGAGCAGUCCACACGUCGGAAUUCGCGUACGUGUUCGGUAGUUGGCAGGCAUAUAACAACUCUGGAAACCCACUGAAUCCAACGGAGGCAGACUAUGCUUUGCAGGAGCGCGCAAGCCGGUCAUGGAGCACAUUUGCGACUACAGGGCACCCAACACAAGAGGGCGAGGUAACUGUGCAGGGGUGGCUCGACGCCUACGGUUCUUCGGAUCAGACACACGUCAUGACGAUCGGUGGGCCAUGGGAGGGAUGGUGGCCAUUAAGUGGUGCGGAUUCCCCGGAGGUGGUGCGGCGACAGCAUCUGGUUGAAAGAUGUGCAUUUCUCAACGAUCCUGAGAUCAUCAAGGGUCUCCAAUACUGA